AUAUAAAGAGGGGGGUUGGGUUUGGAGCGAUUUACACGGUUUAUAUAUGGUUAAUUCAGGAUAAUUGUGAGUGUCCCAAUGCUGUAAAUAGAAUGGCGACGGCGGGCACUAGGACCCCAACAGUAGUCAGAAGUUUUCUCGCUCACUGAAGGCUUCAGUUCAGACGCACCUGCUGCACUCGCGAGCUCAGAGAUUUCAGCUCCUCGCGAACAGCAGCACAGAUCCUCAACAUGACAGAAUGUAUCAAAAACUGCUGCAAGACAUUUAUGUCCAAGGAGAACGAACCAGAGAUUCAGAUGAUUAAGGUUCGACCUCCCGGUAAAUUAACUGUUGAGUCUAAUGUAAAGAGGAACGUUGGCGUAUCAGAGGAUUAUCUCCUGUCCAAACUGCCUCCGGACGGCCGGGAUGUUCCAUUCAUCAUCCCAACUUUCAAACCCUCCUACAUCCAGCCGAGAGGGGCACAGUACUCUGGCUACAACAUCGGGCAACAGAGUACCACAAGGAGCACUUAUGCAGAAAGGAAGGCAGAGCUCGCAGGAGCCAGUCAAAUGAUGUAUGAACCAGAUUUAAACUUAAACAGCAGUCAUAUGAUCAGCUACGUGUCACCGGGCUCACUGAGACGCCCCACUCUGAAAAACAGACCCAACAACAGCCCUGGCACAGGUUUGGAACACAGUGGCAAAGAGAGACUCAGUCUCUCCAUGUUCGAUCUGUCAAACCCUCAGGGCCAUGUACAGCGUUAUGAUUCUGUAUCCAGUGUCCAGAGCAGCACAUCCUCCAUUCAGGAUUCCUUUGGGAGCAGCCGUAGUCUAGAGUCCAUCACUCUGUCUGGUGAUGAGCGGGACCGUGAGCUGGGAAAAGUGUGUGUGCACCUGAAGUACGAGGAGGCGGUGGAGCAGGUGUGGAUCACCUUAGUGAAGUGUACAGACUUGAGUGUGUAUACUGAAGGGGUGGAGCUGCAGAAGAUUGGGGUCAAAGGGGUCAUCACCAUGACAAAGCCAGUGCAAUUUAAGAGCACAGUCAAGGAAGCAUCAGCAGACACUGACUUCAUGGAGACGUUUGUGUUCACUCUGAACUUAGAGCAAAUCCGCAGAUCAGCACUGGUGCUACGCCUGCAGGCUCACACACCACGUAAGCGGACGCUGGGAGAGUGUGUGUUAUCUCUGCGAACCCUCGGACCACAGGAAACAAAGCACUGGCUGGAGUUCAAGCCUCACUCUAAAACACAUGUGUGUCAUGCUGAGCUUCAGCUGGCCUUGUGCUUCCAGCCAGUGAGCAGUCGAAUGCAGCUCCAGAUCCUUAGUGCUCAAAACCUUCCAUCAUCUUCCUCACCGCUAACGCAGAGUUUCUUUGUGAAGGUUGACUUGCUGAGUGAGGGUAAAUUCUUACUGAAGAGGAAGACGAAGGUGAUGAAGUCAUCUGGGGGGCAUGUUCAAUGGGAGGAGGUGCUUCACUUGCCCAUCACUAAUCAGGACCAGAAUGUGCAGCUGGCAGUCAAACUCUACACCCGUAGCUCUGUUCGGAGAAAACACCUGCUUGGACAGGUCCUCUUGGGAUUUGAUGGCAGUUCUCCCGAGGCAGUGGAACAAUGGAGGGAUUCCAUGACUAAUCCUGAAAAAGUGGUGACGUCAUGGCACAGAGUUAGUCGACUCUAAAAGAGAGAGGAUGAAGAAAUUAGAUUUGUUAGCCAAGUGGAUUUAGAAUGAAGCAUCCAAAAAAAUUAAUCUUUGAUUAAUUGAGUUUGGUUUUUGUAGGUGAAAAAAGUGUCUAAAAUGCUGGAGAAGAAAUCACCAAUUUAAAUGUCUAAACUGUCCAAAUGAGUCUCGCCCUCUGCAGAUCCUAGUGUAGCUAAUCAUGUGUUAAAGCUGUUUGUAGAUUUAACAUUCUCUGUUCUUCAUUGGUGUAUGUAACUUUGAGAACAUGCAAUUGUCCAUGUACAACAUAAGUAGCACAGAUACAGGACCAGGAAACACACAAAAUACGAUUAUGUGCAAUAAAAUGUAUUAUACAGAGCUCUACAUUUGUCAGUAUAGCAACUUUUUAAUUACUUUAAUUACAGAAUUCAUUAAUCAAGUAUUAUAUUCAGUAUUCUUCUCCAUCAUCUUCAUACAACUGCAGUACUGCUGAGUUAAUGUCAAUCUGUUCUCUGUGUAUAGAAACAGAUAUUUGCAUUUUCUGAGCAGUUUGGUGAUGAUUAUUGCACUUUCGCUAGCUCUCUGAAGAAGAAAAACUUGUUUUUAAGUGCGGUAAAAACUCUGUCUUGGUGUUAUUGGUAAAAAGCUUUUAUUUUUUAGAAGUUUAGAAGGGUUUGAAUUACAUUCCCAUUCAAAUGGAAUUCAAUCCUUCAAUUUGUCCCCCAUUUCCUUUCACAAGCACAAGAAAAAGGGAAAGGCCACAAGAGAAUGCAACAAAGAGACUAUUGUUAUCAUUUCACUUCCCUGCAUCCUUUGUGCUGCCCUUAAUUCAAGGUGACCUAACUUUCUAGGCCUUGUCAUUUCUAUGAAUUUAUUUUUGCACAGGUGACACUAGCUUGUCUAAGAGUGUUCAUUGUAUUCAUGUUUAAUUACAUUGUGUUAAGUAAUGCUGUAGUUCAGUGGACAUGUGAUAUUAUGUAAGACAGAUAUUUAAAAAGCAAAUAUUUCGUUUGUAUCGACUAUAUUUUAUGCGUAUACAUAAACAUUGUUUGAUCACUGUCUGGCAUCCUGAUGUUACAGAAAAAAAACAAAACAAAAAAAACAAUAAAAUUGCUGGAAACGAA